AGCUCUGGCUUGCGGUUGGUUGUGUUUCGUUUGCAUUUUAAAUAAACUGAAAUAAUUACGAAAAUUACCAAAACAAAUAGCAUUUAAAAUUUUUCAUUCGUUUCGCUAGCAAAAUUAUAAAAAAAAGUGUCUUGGAAAAGUGUGAUCUACAUAACUAUAAAAAUCGAAGCGGAAAUAAUCUGAUACAAAAGUCAAGUGUCAGGCCAGUGUGAGAAAAUGGAGAAGAACAACAACAACCUGCACGCCGACGAUCAGCAAAUGUUGGCCAACGGACAUGGCCUGGCCAAUGGCAAUGGGUCGGUGCAUUCUGCCCAGGUGAAGAGUGCUCCUCCCCAGGCCACUGGGUGGCUUGAGAGCCUUCUGAAUAGCUGGGAUGCCUUUGCGGAUGUGGCCUGGUUCAUCAUUUGCUGCAUUGGAUAUAUCCUUCAGGAUCUGUACUACAUUGCCUUUGGCUAUCCCGAAAAGGAGCUCAACUCAGACAUUGCUCUGAUCACAGGUGGAGGCAAUGGACUGGGUCGCCAGUUGGCCGAAAGGCUGGGAAAGAUGGGCACCAAGGUCAUUAUCUGGGACAUCAACAAAAAGGGCAUUGCGGAAACAGUUGAAAUUGUUAAGGAAGCAGGCGGCUACUGCAAAGGUUAUGUGGUUGAUAUUUCCAAAAAGGAGGAGGUCUACAAGGCAGCCGAUGUCAUCAGGGAAGAAGUCGGAGAUGUUACUUUGUUGAUCAACAAUGCGGGCGUUGUCUCUGGUCUGCAUCUUUUGGAUACACCUGACCACUUAAUCGAACGCUCUUUCAAUGUUAACGUUAUGGCACACUUUUGGACGACAAAAGCGUUCCUGCCAAAAAUGAUUGAGAAUGAUCGAGGACACAUUGCCACGAUCGCCUCGCUGGCCGGCCAUGUGGGCAUUAGCAAAUUGGUCGAUUACUGUGCCAGCAAGUUCGCAGCGGUUGGCUUUGAUGAGGCUUUGAGGCUGGAGCUGGAAGUCCUUGGCCAUACGAACAUCCGUACCACCUGCAUCUGCCCGUUCUUCAUCCAGGCCACUGGCAUGUUCGACGAUGUGAAUGCCAGAUGGGUCCCCACGCUGAAUCCCAACGAUGUGGCCGAUCGUGUCAUUGUGGCCAUUAAGAAGAACGAGAAACUGGCCGUCAUUCCCGGCUUCCUGAAGGUCCUUCUCUCCUUCAAGUGGACCUUCCCCUGGGGCUGUGUGGGCGGUCUGCUGAAGCGCCUGGUGCCCGACGCCUCCCCCCAAGGCCUGCCCAGCUCGAUAGUCAGCCCCUUGCCAUCGAACGCGAAGGCGACGUCCGCCGACAUUGCCGCCUUGGAUGCUGAGCUGAGCAGCGUGACAUUGCCGGCGAAGCCACCCUCGAUGCUGAUCCAGCGGACGCCGUCGCUGGGGGAGCGUGUCCUUUGAAGGGUCGCGCCCCCGCUACUCCACCACUCCACCA